GUACAGAAGCUGUGUCGAUGGGAUGAAAUCAACAGUAACAACAUUCUGUAUCCCAAGGAGGACAAGGAACGUAAGAUUCUCCUCUAUGCUUGCCGCAACUGCGACCACCAGGAGGUUGCUGAUAACAACUGUGUGUACAGAAAUGAGAUACAUCACUCAGUCGGAGAGCGAACUCAAGUAUUGCAUGAUGUAGCUGGAGAUCCAACUCUUCCUCGAACUAAAGCCUCUCGGUGUGCUCUGUGCAACCACGGAGAAGCUGUCUUCUUUCAGGCCACCGCUAGAGGUGAGGAGGGGAUGACACUGUUCUUUGUUUGCUGCAAUCCAAACUGUGGACAUAGGUGGAGAGAUUGAUUUCUGUUUGCUAUAGACUCUCAUGCUUAGUCUGAUGCAUUCGAACAUGAGAUGAAAGAUAUGGAAAUUUUUUCGUCAGUAUAACAUGUGGUAUGGAUUAUAAGACUUCAUAAUCCAUUCUGAUGACUGAUUACCCAAUAAAGAUGAUAGUUUUAAACAUAAAUCUUUUAGCGAACAAAAAUUUGUAAUGUUUUGUGCCUCAUCGAGCAUUCGUUGAUCUUUCUUUUUAAUCUUUGCCCUCAAAUUUUUUUUAAACCAAUUCUGAUUAUAAGAAGCAUGGAGCUUUACAGUUUUAUGUAAGACGGAAAAGAUGUAUAGCUUUUCGUAGAUGAUUAAGCAUUCUUACUCUAUCAGUCAGCUUAACUGUUUUAGGACUUUUUUUUAUUUUUUCCUCGCCAAACAUCGGGCUUUCAGUUCUUGAAUAUACUACAGUAGGUAAAACUUCAAAGCAAUAUGGUCCUUACUCCUCCAUUAGUUUGUUCCUCUCACGUUCAGCAUAGGCGGAGAUAAUUAGCUCAGACAUUAUAACAUUUUGUUUUUAAGAAUAGGUAUCAGCUGUGAAGUCCAGCCGCACCAACCAACCUCACCAACCACAGCCGCACCAACCACAGCCACCAUUGUUGACAGCCACCAUUGUUGAUCAACAAUUGUGGGCUAAGAUGUUGAAAAGUGUGGCCUUGUAAGCCUAUAAAUAGGCUCCUUACCUUUGCAUGAAAACCAAGCCAAGAGAGCAAGAGAAAACUCCAAGAGAGAGAGUUGUUUAAGUUCCAGAGAGAACUUAAGAGAAGAGUGAGCAAUUCCAGAGAGAAUUGGAGAGUGAAGAGAGAGGUUCCAAGAGAGAAUCCUCCAUGAGAGAAGUUUUUAUUUUUGUAUUCUAUUUUUAAGAGAUUAAUAGAAUUCUUUUAUUUUCUUCUCAUAUUUCUUCUCUAAAGUGGUCAGAGAACCACAACAAGUGGUAUCAGAGCUCCAGGUCGAGAGCUUGGGUCCAAAAUUUGAAGAAACAAAGCUACUGUUCUUCAAGGUGGUGUUUUGGAAAGUUGCUCAAAUAAUUAAUUUGACAAUCCCAGGUGAAAGUACC